AACACAAAACACAUGUAAACAUACUCUAAUGGAAAUCUAAAAAUAGGAACAGCUCACCGGUAAGUGAACUACUGGGAAUUCCAGUGUUUAAAAUAAACCAGUAAAGAAGUAGGUGACUGAAGAACACAGACAGUGAUUCAUCCGGUGACUCCAUGGAAAUGCCUUCCUCGGACCUCCGAGAUAUUGUCUCCUGUCCAAUUUGCUACGAGGACUUUGAUGAACCGAAGUCUCUGCCGUGCCUCCAUACAUUUUGCAAAGAAUGUCUACAACAGCUUAUUACCAAGACUAUGGAGCCAGAUGUGAAGAAGUAUUUCUUUUGUCCAUCGUGUAGAAUGAAGGUCUAUGGUCCGAAGGGUGUACCACUUGAACAAUGGGCAGAUACUUACCCAUCGAACCACAUGAUCAGAACAUUACAAGACAACAUCAAAAUGGAGGAUUCUGACAGCAUAUGUUCUGUGCACAAGGGGAAGGAACUUGAAUUUUUCUGCACUGACCACGAACGCACGAUCUGUUCCAUGUGUGCUGUAAUCGAACACAGACAGUGUAAGGAUGUCAACACUGUUGACUCUGCAGCUGCCAAAACCAAAGAGAAGAAUUUUGAACUGGACGGAAAACUUCAUAUGCUUAACAAAUGGAUGGACAAAAGGAAAAGCCAACGACAGCAAAUUCAAACGCAACUGCGUGAUGUUGAAACAAGUGUGCGGGCUUGGCGGAAGAAAAUUAAUGAUGAAUUGGACCAAUGGGAAUAUAACCUAACGGAGCACGUGCAGACUAUUGCAGCUACUGAGAUCAGUCAAUUGGAGCAGGAUAUUCGACAGGGCGAGCAGAUCAUGCACAACCUCAAAAAUGUUCAAACCGACAUCUUUGGAGUCGAUCUUAGCAGUCGGGGGAUUCUAGAAUCAAGAUCCAGUAUUGCAACAGUUCUUCACGCGGCUACAGAUGUGGUCAAAUCUGCAGGAUCUGGCAAUACGCAUUUGCUGUUUCGUUUUCACCCUGAUGAAUCGAUAAAACAAUCUCUUUCACGCAUUGGCGACAUUGAAGUCGUCCGACAGGGCAAAGACACCUCACUCAAUUCGUCAAAGCAACUUCACCGAGAAGGCUGUAGUAUCCGGAAGUCAGAGUCUGCGUCCAGGUAGACGUGAAAGGGUCAACACUGUGGACACAGCAGACGUCUCCCGGAGUUUAAAACACUCAACGUUAAAUCCAUAUGCAAAGCAAUUCCUAUCAAGCGGGAAAUUCGAUGUCCGCACAUCCCGUGAUAAGGACGACUGCUUGAUCACUGGUAGCACAUUUUUACCGGAUGGGAAUCUUGCUAUAACUGACCAAAGCAAUGGCAAGAUUAAGAUUUUUGACAAACGCUUUAAUCUUCUGUCAGAAAUGGGCUUCAGUUCCGAUCCUUGGGAUGUCUGUUCGGCUGGUGAUGACAUUAUAGCUGUGAGUUUCCCGGACGAAAAUCUUGUACAAUUCUUCAGAGUCCAGAACGGAAAAAUCAAUAGCUCCGAAGGAAAUGUCAAAACUCCAGGCCGUUGCUAUGGGAUUGACAUUCGGGGACAACGAUUGGCUUUCACUUGCAGAAGUAGGCAUGGCAGCUCUGUCCAUGUUGUUGAUCGAGCAGACGGCCAGACUUUAGGGAACAUGGAUUAAAAAGAAGAAUCCUGCUUCAACAGGCGGAAUGUGGUAUCUCACAUUCGACGAUGGUGGGGACAUUUUGUAUGUGACAGACGACGAUGAAAACAGGCUCGUCACUCUCGCUGUUGAUGGUAGUCACGGUUCUUCACUGAAGUUGCUCAGUACCCAAGAAUGUGACUGUGAUUGCCCUCGUGGUGUUGCCACAUCCGGUCCAAACCUUGUGCUGACCAGUCCACAGUAUACGUUUGACCUGCGUAUUUAUCCCCAGCCUGGGACAAGGUCGAAUAUCAUCAAGGCAAGUGGGGAGGUUGUCAGCAUAGAUAGUAACACAAAUCGAAUGUUCAUCUCCCUACCAUCAAAGGGGCCAAACGCGAACAUCAAUAUGGGUCAUGUUCGUCCUUUCUCCUGUUAGAACUCGAUUCGUCUAUUGUAUAUUGGAUGAAUCAGUAUGGAUAUGCAUGGAACAUUUGUAGCUUGUUGUGUAUCGGAUUUAGGAUACAUCGUAACAUUCAAUGAAUACUAAGUUUCAAUAUUUUCACAUUUUAAUCGGUAUCGCUUAGAAGGGAUGCGACACCUCGACAGCACUUUAAAAAAAAUCAAAAAAAAAAUCCUCAUUAUAAAGAACACUCCUAGCUUGUUCGGCUAUAUUGAUAUAUGUUUUGUUACGAGGUGUGUAGAUUGAUUAUUAUCAUGAUUUGUCGUUUUGAUAAAUGUUAUAUGUCAUGAAAUAUAAUUCCAUUCAUGUCCAUGCUUUUCAGCUGUUGUAAAUGAUUGUGUUACAUUGUGAAAAGCAUAAGAUAUAUAAGAAACGUUUUGAUGAUUUAUGUUCUGUAUAUUGUAUGUAACAUUUCCAGCAAUAUUAGUUAUAUAGAUAGCGACCAGGCAUAAAAUUAUCUUAAUAAACAAAGAACACAUUUCUUUGGUAGAUCAAUGUCUGUGCUAUUCUGUUGCCGACGCUAGACAAUCGUUUUUACUUGUUGAACAUUAUGUAAUGUUACAGUGUUAUGUUGAUAUUAUCUAUCCGUACAGAAUCCAUGACAACCAUAUCUGUCCUCGAACAUAAUGAUUGGUUUUAUUUUUAGCGACAACCUUCUCUUAAGAGCAGAGAGAAUAAUUGUACAAGCAUGUUUUUAGGAGUAAUUACUGUUAGCAGUCUGUGUUAUCGUACAUUAUGUUUUCUAUUAACCUUUUAUUAUGUUUAUCUCUCAAACUUUGAAAUAAAAACAUCCACCCUUCUGUCAAAA